AUGGAACCGAAUCCUGUAAUUAUCGCUUCGACGGCGAAACAAACAGCAUCUCUGAUAUUCUUACACGGUCUUGGUGACACUGGUCAUGGUUGGGCGAGUACUAUUGCCGCUAUCAGAGGUCCUCAUGUCAAGGUGAUUUGCCCUACUGCUUCUACGAUGCCUGUGACACUUAACGCUGGCUUUCGAAUGCCUUCAUGGUUUGACCUUAGAACUUUGGAUGCAACUGCUCCAGAAGAUGAAGAAGGUAUCUUGAGAGCUACAAAUCUUAUACAUGGGUUAAUAAAGGAUGAAGUUAAGGCUGGCAUUCCUGCAAACCGUGUCAUGUUAGGAGGCUUUUCUCAAGGGGGAGCUCUAGCCCUACAUGCUGCUUUGACAUAUCCUGAACGUUUAGCUGGUGUGAUGUCACUAUCAUGCUGGUUACCAAGACAUGCUCAUUUCCCCGCUUGUGUAAAAGCUCCCUCUGAUGUACCGAUAUUCCAAGCUCAUGGCGACUGCGAUCCCGUCGUUCCUUACAAAUGGGGCCAAAUGACUGCAUCCUUCUUAAAAACCUUCCUGAAGAAUAUCGAGUUCAACACAUACCAAGGCUUAACGCACAGCUCAUCAGAAACGGAGCUUAAAGAUAUGAGGGCAUUCAUAGAGAGAACUUUGCCUGCAGCCACA